AUGUGUCAUCCCUUGUUUUGGUAUCAACAACAACCAUUCAUUCACCAACCACCUGCCAAAGAUAGUUCCCAAAAUCCAAAUCAUUUUAUUCAUCCACCACCACCACCAAACUAUUAUAGUCCUCAAAUUAGUAGCAAUGGUGAAAAAGUACCUGAAACACAAUUUGAAUAUGUGCCUGAUGAGCUUGAUGAGUCUGAUGAGCCUACAUUCCCCGCUGAAGGAGAUAACCAUUCCCCCAAAAAACAACGCUUGAAAUGGUGCGAGAACGACGAUAUAAUUCUUCUCCAGACAUGGCUCAACAUUUCAAAUGAUUCAGUAACGGGAACUGAUCAAAAGGAAGAAACUUUUUGGCGGAGGAUUGAACAUCAAUACAACAAGUACCGCAAAAUAGGUUCUUCUGAGAAGAAAUGGGCUCAAUUGAAGGCUCACUUUCAUACAUUGAGUAAAGCAGUCUCAACUUUUGUCGGUUGCUACAAGAAAGUUACUAACCCUCCGAAGAGCGGCUACUCAGAGAGAGAUAUCAUGGCGAAUGCGUGUUCAUUGUAUAGUGAAAUGGUUGAGACUAAAACAUUCAAGUUUGAGCAUGCAUGGCGGGUGUUGAAAGAUGAACCCAAGUGGAAUGGAGAAACAAUGUCAAUCUAUUCUAAGCAGUCUCGACAUUCUACUGAUGGGGUGCACACAUCAAUCGAUGGUUCAGAACAUGAGGCAGUACAAAUAUUUUCCCACCCACUGGGGCAUAAAGAUACAAAACGAAAGGUCAAGGCGGCUACAACGACUUCCAACAAUGAAGAAAGGAUGACAGAGGCAAAAUCUCUUGUCAAGGAAAAAACGGAAAGGAUGGCAAGACUUGAGCGUUUAAAGAAGAAUGACCAGCUGAAGAUGAUAAAUGAUAUUCUUCUCCAAGAUACAUCAACAUGA